AUGUCGCCCAGUCUGACCGGCAAAGUCGCCCUGGUUACAGGAGCAUCGCGAGGAAUUGGCCGUGCAACUGCUUUAGCACUCGGAAAAGAAGGCGCCUCGGUUGUUGUCAAUUAUGUUUCCUCUACAGAUGCCGCAGAAGAAGUAGUGAAAGAGAUUGGCACUGAUCGAGCAGUUGCCAUUAAGGCAGAUGUGUCGAAGAUCGACGAUAUAAAGAGCCUGAUUCAACAAAUCGUCAAGCAAUUCGGGAAAAUCGAUGUUAUUGUUCUUAAUGCCGGUCUUCUAUGGCAAAACGGAGCACUUAGCAAUGUCGAUGAGAGCGCUUUCGAUAAGAUCUUCCAAACGAAUGUCAAGGGCCCCUUUUUCCUGAUCCAGGAAGCUGCGAACCAUGUCCCCGACGGCGGUCGAGUUCUCCUUUUCUCGAGUUCGCUGACAGCCGUCAGUAUAAUUACCCCCAACUACCUCCUCUACGUCGCGACCAAGGGUGCAGUUGAGCAGAUGACGCGUGUCAUGGCUAAGGACCUGGGUAAGAGAGGUAUUACUGUCAAUACGAUCUCUCCGGGUCCCAUCUCUACGGAUACAUAUUUCGUUGGCAAGACGGAGGAGAUGAUCAAGCUCCAGAGAACUUUUGCACCUGCAAACAGAAUUGGAACACCUGAAGAGGUGGCGGAUGUUAUAACAUUCAUGGCAAGCGAUAAGAGUCAAUGGAUCAACGGGCAGAACAUUCGAAUCAAUGGUGGUAUGACGAUAGUGACUCGAACAGUCAUGGCUUGUGUAGAUAUUUCCGGUGAUUAA